AUGAUCUGGGUGGAGGCAGCGGGGUACCAGAGAGUGCUGCAGGUGGAUCUGGAGGUGAAUGGGUUGAUGGCGGCGGAGGGGCCCCGGGAGGUGAGCUGGCAGGUGGAGUACCCGCUCACACGCGCCCUGACCAUUGAGGUGCUGACCCUUAUCCACAUGGCACCACAGGACCUGGGUGGGAUUGUGCCUCUAGCCAUGGACACAGAGAUUCUCAACACUGCCGUUCUCACUGGGCGGACAGUAGCCGUGCCGGUAAAGGUGGUCACCGUGGGAACAGAUGGAGCCGUGUCUGAUGUUACCGAAGCAGUGGAGUGCAGAUCCACAGAUGAACAGGUCAUAAAGGUGUCGGAGCGGUGUGACUAUGUUUAUGUGAACGGGAAAGAGAGCCGUGGGAGCCGCAAAGUGCUGCUGAACUUCACCUACAGUUUCCUGAGCACACAGCUGGAGAUGAGCGUGUGGAUGCCCCGCCUCCCUCUCGUCAUCGAUGUGGCCGACCCGGAGCUCAGCCAGAUCAAAGGCUGGAGAGUGCCCCCAUCUCUGGGCAGCAGGAGAUAUGAGCGAGUGACGGACGACCAGCCAGAAGCAGCAGAGAGGCCAGAGGGCUGCGUGCCUCAGUACCAGAGCUCCAGUGUCCGCGUGCUCACUCACUUUGUGGCCGAGGCAGAUGACAGCGGAGAUGAGGACGGGCCAGGACAGCCACACUUCCUGCUUGGCUCUGAUUGGCAGGUGGAAGUCACGCAGCUCGUGAAAGACUUCCUGAAAGUGGAGCAGCCGACUGUAGUCCAACUGACGGAUGCUCAGAUCCUGAUCGGGAUGAACCCUGGUACUACCAAGAUCAAGGUAUGCCGUUAUGAACACUUCUCAGAUGUUUAA